UUAUUUUCCUUAUUUUUGCAAUAUUUAUUUAUUCAAUAGUAAUAUUCAUAGUUGGUCAAAAGUACUUGUCAAUAUUUUCACCAUGUCAGAUGAAGAUGAUAAGCCACCAGCACCUCCUGUAAGAUUAACAUCGAAUAGAGGAGAACCCAUAUCUAAUCUUCCAGUAGAUAUGCGACCAUUGCCAAAAGAACCUGAUUUUGAUGAAAAAAAGAAGAAAAAUAUGAGAAAUAAAAUAAAAAUGAAAGAUAAUAAAGAUAAGCCCAAUAUUAGUUAUCCUACUAACUUUGAACAUACUGUUCAUGUUGGAUUUGAUGCAGUGACUGGUGAAUUUACGGGAAUGCCUGAAGCUUGGGCAAGACUGUUAAUGUCUAGUAACAUCAGCAAGCAAGAACAAAAGAAGAAUCCUCAAGCUGUAUUAGAUGUAUUGAAUUGGUAUGACAACAGUAGUAAAGAAGGCAAAGGUUCUAAAUAUAUGACUACAAUGAGAACAUUUGGAGGUGUCGAUUCGUGCAAUGGAGGAUUUUAUCCAACUCCAUUAGAGCGGUCUAAUAGUCCUAGAAAUCUAGGAGGUAUAGCGUUUAGUACAAGUAAUGUACGCAAUCAAGUAAUAUCUCAUACGUCUGGUAGUUUACAUUCGCAACAUUCAUCAAGCAGAGUAAGUAGUAGUAGUCCAAGUAGCACACCAACAGAUGCUUGUGCAACUAGUUCUGAACAAGAAGAUGAACCACCGCCUCCACCUAUAACAGUAAGACCAGAGCGUACAAAAUCUAUUUAUACAAAACCCAUUGAAGAGGAAAUCAUUUUACCAUUCACUACUUCAAGUACAAAUUUACUUCAAAGAAAUGGUUUGCCACAAGUACAUCAAUCGUUAUUAGAUAAGAAUAAAAAUCAAGCUUUAUCAACACCUACCAUAACAGCAGAUCAAUCACGAUCGGUACAAAAUGAUAAAACGCGUAAAAAAAAAAUGUCAGAUGAAGAAAUACUUGAAAAACUCAGAACUAUUGUAAGCAUUGGGGAUCCAAAUCGAAGAUAUACUAAAAUGGAAAAAAUUGGACAGGGUGCUUCAGGAACAGUGUUUACAGCAAUUGAAAGCUCAACAGGAAUGGAAGUAGCAAUAAAGCAAAUGAAUUUAUCACAACAACCUAAAAAAGAGCUUAUUAUAAAUGAAAUAUUAGUAAUGAGAGAAAAUAAGCACCCGAAUGUUGUAAAUUACUUAGACAGUUAUCUUAUUGGAGAAGAAUUAUGGGUAGUAAUGGAAUAUUUACCUGGAGGAAGUUUAACAGAUGUAGUAACUGAAACUUGCAUGGAUGAAGGACAAAUCGCUGCAGUAUGUAGAGAGGUUUUACAAGCAUUAGAAUUUUUACAUUGUAAUCAAGUUAUUCACAGAGAUAUCAAAUCAGAUAAUAUUCUUUUGGGAUUAGAUGGUAGUGUUAAGUUAACAGAUUUUGGUUUUUGUGCACAAAUAUCUCCAGAACAAAGUAAACGGACGACCAUGGUUGGAACUCCGUACUGGAUGGCACCAGAAGUCGUUACUAGAAAGCAAUAUGGACCCAAGGUUGAUAUAUGGUCACUAGGAAUAAUGGCCAUUGAAAUGAUAGAAGGUGAGCCACCAUACUUAAAUGAAAAUCCUUUAAAAGCAUUAUAUUUAAUUGCAACGAAUGGCAAACCUGAUAUAAAGGAAAAAGACAAAUUAUCCAGUAUUUUUCAAGAUUUUUUAGAUCAAUGUUUAGAAGUGGAAGUUGAAAAACGGUCAGCAGCUUCAGAUUUAUUAAAGCAUCAGUUUUUGAAGCUUGCAAGGCCACUGGCAUCAUUAACGCCGUUAAUAAUAGCAGCUAAAGACGUAGCUAAGGAAGCGGUAAAGGAAGCUGCUAAAGGACAUUAAAAAUAGAUGAAUAAAGUUAUUGAUAAACAUUUUUUCAGAAAUGAGUUUUCUGCAAUUGACACUAGUACAAUAAUAAUUUUUUUUACAAUUUUAGAAUAAAAAAAUCUUGUACAUACAUACAAAUGUAUGUAUGAGUGUGCGUGGGUGGCUGUGGGUAUAUUUGUGUGUGUGCGUGUGUGUAUUUGCGUGCGCGUGUGUGAUACUUGCAUAUAAAUACGCGCGCAUAUAUGCAAUAAAUUGAUUAUAAUGAAUCAGAAUUUCAAUAAAAUAACUUUUGUGAAGCAAC